AUGUCAAGCUCAACGCUGCACGCCAACCCUUCCGCUAAAUUGUGGACUUAUCCGUACGAGACAGAUAUAAGUCUAGCUCGAGCCUUUCACAAGCGUCUUCCCGGAUAUGAGCAGACGCCACUUGUACCGCUGCAUGGCCUGGCAGAGGAGUUGGGUUUCGAUGCCGUUUUCGUCAAAGAUGAAAGCAGUCGACUCGGCCUGCCAGCGUUCAAAAUCCUGGGAGCGUCCUGGGGCACAUUCCGCGCAAUAGCCGAACAGACCGGUCUGUCGCUGGACGCAAGCCUGAGAGAUGUGUCAGAAGCGGCGAAGAAGGCAGGGACGACUCUCUUUGCCGCCACGGAAGGGAACCAUGGCCAUGCGGUUGCACGGAUGGGGAAGAUCCUGGAGAUUCCGACCCGCAUCUUUCUGUCCCGGUUUGCGGAUGGGGAAACACGCCGGAAGAUUGAAAGCGAAGGUGCACAAGUCACCGUGAUCCAGGGCAGCUACGAUGAUGCCGUCGCUGCGGCCUUUGCAGAAUCGGCGAGGCUGUCCACUGGCCUGCUCAUCCAGGACAACGCAUUCGAGGGAUAUGAACGGAUUCCGGCCUGGAUCGUCGAGGGCUAUUCAACCCUUCUUUUGGAGAUCGAGGAACAGCUCGAGGCACGAGGCCUCCGGGCAACCAUGAUCGUCACUCCAAUUGGUGUGGGUUCGCUCGGUCAUGCCGUCGUGGCCUACUGCAAGUCUGGCGGUAGGCAGAUUGAGGUGCUGACGGUCGAGCCCGAGACGGCUGCAUGCUUACACCACAACCUCAGAGCCGGUGAAUGGAGCACAAUCGACACAUCGGCCACCAUAAUGAACGGCAUGAAUUGCGGGACCGUCUCACCCAUCUCCUGGCCAGUCCUCUCAAAGGGCGUCGAUGCAAGCAUCACCGUGUCAGACCUGGAAUGCCACGAAUCCGUACAGUACCUGCAGAGUCGUGGCAUCAAUGCUGGUCCCUGCGGCGCCGCGACCCUGGCGGCUAUCAAGAAGGCUGCCUCGACGGCACUGAUAUCUGGAGAUACGCCGAGUAAUCCCGUCGUUGUUCUCCUGAAUACCGAAGGUGCUAGAGCCUACCCUCUGCCGCGUUCUGACUUGGCCCCAAAAGCGUCAGACCGACCAGGGCCGUGA